UUUGCAGCUCUCUCGUUGUUUGUUUACAACCUGAGUAGCUUUGUCCACAGUAAGCUAACGGGGUGAUUAAACUUCACAAGUCGGCAGUCAAGAUGGGAUGUGAUGGAGGCACGAUCCCAAAAAGACAUGAGUUGGUGAAAGGCCCUAAAAAAGUCGAGAAGGUCGAUAAAAAUGCAGAGCUGGCCGCCAAAUGGAAGUACUGUGCCCUGAGCCAGGAAAAACUCAGACGCCCCAUCGUUGCUUGCGACCUGGGAAGGCUCUAUAACAAAGAUGCUGUCAUUGAAUAUCUCCUGGAUAAGUCUGCUGACAGACCCAAUGCUGAGGCUGUUGCACACAUCCGUGGGAUAAAGGAUAUAAAAGAACUGAACUUGACCGAUAAUCCUGAGUGGGAGGGAGAAAGAAGAAAUGCUAAAGGAGACCGUUAUGAGGACAUCCACUGUGGCAUGUUCAUUUGCCCUGUUGUAGGGUUGGAGAUGAAUGGCAAGCACAGGUUUUCUUACCUGCAUACCUGUGGCUGUGUCUUCUCUGACCGGGCCCUGAAGGAGGUCAAGACAGAAAUCUGCCACAAGUGUGGGGACCCGUUUAAAGAUGAGGAUAUCAUUGUGGUCAAUGGAACCAAGGAAGAGGUGGAAAAGCUGAGGGAGAAGAUGGAAGAGAGGCGAGCCAAAGCCAAAACUAAGAAAUCAAAGAAGAGUAAAGCAGCUGAAACUGUGUCCACACCAUCAGAAUCGAAAGAUGACACACAGUCUCCUCAAGUGAAUGUAGCAGAGAGCAGCUCCAGUUCGGACAGCCAGAGCACCUCGUCAGAUGUGCCCGGACCCUCGGGAUCCUCCAGCUCCUCUAAAGGCGCAAAGUCUUCAACAGCCUCCGCCUCCAAAAGGUCCAUCCAGGACAUGAAGGAAAAAUCAGAGGCCUUCAAAUCCCUGUUCACCUCCCACAGCUCCGCCAAGCGUACCAAAGAGCAGACAUCCAACUGGGUCACCCACACCCCAUAUCACUUCUAAGUAACUAUCACUCAGUGUAAAGACCACCAUUUUUAGAUUGCUCCAGAAAAUGUGACCCAUUAAAUACCAAUUACUGAUAAAUCUAAUCUAAUUCUGCAUACCCAGCUCCAGAAAUGCACAUUACCCACAUGACCUUUAAUAAUAUCACCAAUGUAUGGGCUCAUUCCCAACUUGUCUCUUCAGUCCCAAGUAGCUCAGUGUUUACAUGUUGUGAACAUUUUGUUAAUAGCUCCCCAAGCUGUUCAGACGCUUUGUUUUGUAACCUAAUUCCUCCCCCAUGUAUUCUCUUCCAUCAGUGUAUUCUCAGUCAGAGGUGCUUUGAGAAUUGAUGCUAGGGUGAUUUCAUCAUUUCUGUCACUCUGCUGUCUCCUAGUGGACAGACCGCAGCUUUUUAAAGUGUGAUCUCUAAAUGGUUGAAACUAUCACAAAAGUGAUGUGAGUGGAUAUAUACAGGCUUGAUUUCACUCUUCAGUUGAGAUGAAGCAUCCUACUGGGUUCUACCUGUCUUCAAUGACUAUUGUCUAUGAACACAUAAUGUGGAUUUCUUCAUAAGUUCUACCAGAAUAAGCCUGUCCCUCAUUCCUUCUUUGUCGAAUAUAUUUAACAAGUUUUGCAGAGAACUCUGAAGUUAUUUCUUUUUUCAGUCUAUCGGUUAUUUAUAGCAAGAUGAUAAGAAACUUGAGCAUCACAAGCUUCAUUAUUUUCAGUUUCCUUUUCCAAACAAAGUGCUUCCAACUGUCUGUUUUUCUCUGGGUCUUUUUGGAAGACCUUUUGAUGUGAAAACAAAAUAUGUUGGUUUCCAGUUUGUGAUAGCAAAAUGUGGUGAAAUUGAAUUAUGUUCUUUUUCAGACAGUUGGAGUCUUUAAAGGAGAUUAGAAAUGUUUUGGUCUACCUUUUUUUUUUAAAUGUAAUGAGAAGAUGUCAAAAUAAAAUUUCUAU